AUGCCGUCUGCAGAUUAUGAAGAAGCUAGGAACAACAUCAUCAAAGCUGAAGAGAGCAUAAGAACAGGUGGAAACAUUUAUCUCUCACCAAGAGAAUUAGAAGCUGAUAAGUUCCUCCUAAAUAUGAAGCAAAAAGCCAUUCAUAAAGGAAUUCAAGAUUCAGCAAGUUAUGCACCAUCAAUGCACUUUUUUCAUGCCAAACCGCUAAUAGAACAGGAUCCAAUUUUUAAAAUCAUUCAGAAGCUUCCAAAAGGUGGUCUUCUUCAUCUCCAUAGCACAGCUGGUGUGUCAAGUGAAUGGGUCAUCAAGAAUUUAACAUAUCGUAAUGAUGUCUUGAUUUGUAAUCAUAAGGAUGGAUUUCAUAUGUUUGUGGCUGUUCCAUCAGAGCUCUGUGCUAAUGAAGCUGUGCCGGUUAAUAAAUUACGCGCAAGAGCAACAAACAAAACUGCUUUUGAUGAGUCACUGGAAAGUUUAAUUAAUCUUUACACACAUCAACCUGAAUUGGAUUAUCCUGACAUCAACACAGUUUGGGAAAAAUUCGAAAUAAUGUUUAGCGUUAUUGAUGGAAUUUUUGACUAUUUGCCAACCUAUAUAGCUUAUCAUCAACAAUUGCUUCAAGAAUUGUAUGAAGAUAAUGUGAUGUACUUGGAAAUUAGAACUGAAAUGGGUGGGGUAAUUGACCAGAAUGGCAAGCAUUUAAACAGCCAAGACAUGGCUGAAGUGAUAUUAAAACUAGUCGAUGACUUCAAGCAAGACCAUCCACUGUUCAUAGGUGUUAAAGUCAUAAUAGCUAUUCUGAGAGACUAUGAUGAACAUGCAUUUGAUGAAAAAGUUGAAAGAUUUUUAGACUUGCGUAAAAAGUAUCCAGAUUUAGUUGUUGGAUUUGAUUUAGUUGGUCAAGAGGACUUAGGUCGGCCACUUGCAUCUUAUGUAGAAAAAUUAAAAAAUAUAUCAGACAAUGGUCGUUUCUUCUUUCAUGCUGGAGAAACAAACUUUUUCAACACUGAUGCGGACGUCAACUUAAUAGAUGCACUUUUAAUGAAUACAAAAAGAAUUGGACAUGGAUAUUCACUUUACAAGCAUCCAGUGUUGUGGGAAGCAUUUAAGAAAAAGGAAAUUGCCAUUGAAAUCAGUCCAAUAUCAAAUCAAGUGCUUCAUUUAGUUCAAGACUUACGAAAUCAUCCUGCUGCCUUUUACAUCUCUGAAAAUGUUCCUAUUGUUAUUGCAAAUGAUGAUCCAGGGUUCUGGAAUGCUAAAGGAUUAAGCUAUGAUUUUUAUUAUGCUUUCAUGGCUUUUACUCCAGCUGACUCUGGUCUUCAGGUACUUAAGCAACUUGCAUGGAACUCUUUAAAGUAUAGUGCCAUGACACAAAAAGAGAAAAUUAAUGCAACAAAUCAAUUUAAGGCUUCGUGGGAUAAAUUUAUUGAUUAUGUCCUUGGUUUUGGGAGAAAAUUGUGAAGACAUUAAAUUACAGACAUGGUAAUUUAGUAGACUGGGUGGUGGGUUAGCUUUAGAAUUAAGUCAAGUGUUUUUUUAGGUCAUUGUAAAAUAAAAGGUUUAAUUUCUUAAAAAUUCUUUAUUUUAUUAAAACA